AGACGCUCCAGUCACGCUGGCUGCAAACUGCGACUUCCUCCAUCACAUCCACUUCUUUUUUUUUUCCUCCUUCCUCCACACGCUCGGUCCUUUCUUAUUUAAAGGAGCGCUGCGUUGUAGCCACACAACACCAUAAAACAUCAUCGCGGGAGCAGAUCAGAUCGGCCACCUUUUUUUUCCCCCCUCUCCUGAUCUCGGAACGCCGAUGGCUCUGCGUGUGGCGCUGCUCUGCGCUCUGGUCGGACUUCUCCUUGGACAAGGAUAGCACAGGAGCAGUGCUGUGUGUCAGUUCUGGAGCAUAACAUGUGCUCCACUGGCAUCAACGUGGCAAAAGACCAGGGAGUCUGUGAUUCUCUGCUCGCUGGCACCUGUGAGUCCAAGACAACAAAGAUGUGCUGUGACUGUUGUCUUCUGGGAAAGGCAGCCCACGAGCUGAACAUACCCUGUGACCACAACCUGUCUGUAGGUUACCAGUGCAGCCUGGUAUCACGGGCCUGCUGCACCGCUGGGGCCUUAGACAACCAGACGGCAGAACUUGGACAGUCUGAAUUACUCAACAAGGAUGACACCGCUCGAAACGGAGGUACAUCAGGGGCAGACGCUGCAUGCAAAGGAAAGUGCGAUCAUCUCUGUGUUGGGAAUGACACCUGCGUCUGCAGGAUAGGCUAUAAACUCAAACCCGAUGGGAGGAGCUGUGAAGACAUCAACGAGUGCUUGCUGGGAUCCAGUAACUGUCGGGGCGGAGAGCGUUGCAUCAACACCGAGGGCUCCUUCCGCUGCAUGAGAGAGGUCAGCUGUGGGACCGGCUAUGAGCUCACUGAAAACAACAACUGCAAAGACAUCGACGAGUGUGAGACGGGCAUCCACAACUGUGGUGAGCAGUUCAUGUGCCAAAACUCCCAGGGCUCUUUCCGUUGUGUCCCUAAGACCACGUGCAGCAGUGGCUUCAUCCAGGACGCGCUGGGAAACUGCAUUGACAUCAACGAAUGCGUCUCCCAGACUAGUCCGUGCCACAGAGGGCAGAUCUGCGUUAACACGGUCGGCUCCUACAUCUGCCAGAGAAACUCCGUGAACUGCGGUCGGGGAUACCACCUCAACGACGACGGCACGCGCUGUAUUGAUAUUGACGAGUGUAAAGGACCCGAAGAAGUCUGUGUAGGUCAUGCUUGCAUCAACCAGCUGGGCUCGUACCGCUGCGAGUGUGAAGCUGGAUACAACUUUAACAGCAUGACCCGGCUCUGUGAAGAUAUUAAUGAGUGCAGGCACUACCCUGGACGUCUGUGUGCUCAUAAAUGUGACAACACCCCAGGGUCCUACCAGUGUAGCUGCACCACGGGAUUCAAACUGGCUAAAGACGGCAGGAAUUGUGACGAUUUGAAUGAGUGCGAGAGUAACCCUUGCAGUCAAGAAUGCGCCAACGUGUACGGCUCCUACCAGUGUUACUGUCGACGAGGCUACCAGCUCAGCGACAUCGAUGGCAUGACGUGUGAAGACAUAGAUGAAUGUGCCCUUCCUACUGGAGGCCAUAUUUGCUCCUAUCGCUGUCACAACACCCCAGGCAGCUUCCACUGCUCCUGUCCUGUCAACGGCUACACCUUGGCCGGGAACGGGCGCAGCUGCCAGGAUGUUGACGAAUGUGUAACGGGGAUACACACGUGCACAGAGAAUGAGAGCUGCUUCAACAUACAGGGAGGGUACAAGUGCCUCUCCUUUGAAUGUCCCAGUAACUACAGACGUGUUGGACAGACAGCCCCAAGGCUUGAACGCUCUGACACCGUCCGCUGUGUAAAGUCCUGCCAGCCCAAUGACAUCGCCUGCAUUCUGGAUCCAACACUCUCCCUUUCCCACACCUUCAUUUCCUUGCCCACCUUCAGAGAGUUCACAAGGCCAGAAGAAAUUGUUUUCCUGAGAACAACAGUUCCGGCUUACGGAUCGUACCACUUAGGUACUUAUGACGUCAAGUUUGACAUCCUAGAGGGCAACAUGGAGAACGCCUUUGACAUCAUCAAGCGAGUGGAGAACGGGGUGUAUGUGGGUGUUGUUCGCCAAGUAAAGUCUUUGAUUGGUCCAAGGGAAACGGUACUGAAACUUUCCAUGCGGAAUCUGACAACCCAGGGUGAAUCUGGCCAGAACAUCAUCAAUGUUCACAUCUUUGUGUCAGAGUUCUGGUUCUGAAAAGAAGAUAACAUAUUUACAACUCAUACUGCAACAUCCAUUCUUAACACUGUACAUGUUGUUGUGUGAUGAAGGCAUAAGUCAGUGUCAGGGGUUUAAUUGUAUGUUUUGACAAUGUCAAGUAAUUCUGACUGUAGUUGAGAUUAAAAGGCCACUGCUUGCUUUUGAUGAAAGCUCUGUACUAUGUUGAAAAUAAAUUCCGAUAAAAGUGCACAAUUAUUGAGAACACUUAUGCUAUGUUGUCAGUAUAAACACGUCAGAGAUGCAGACAUGCUGUUUGUUUGAAUGCAUGUGAAGAAUUAAUCUAAUCAUUUUUUUUUUUACAUUUCAACUCUUUGUUUUAUAAUUUUAUAUAUAUAUUUUCAGUCUAAAUGUACUAAAUGUAUUUUUGUAUUCAAGCAUUUAUUACAGAAUAAACCCUUUUAUAUGGUA